AGCUCCGCCCGGGCGCUGGGAGCGGCAGUCGCGGCGGGUAACUUCCCCUCGGGUCCGUCCGGCCGCCGGCACUAUGCGACCCGGCUGAGAGCGGCCCGACACGGGCGGGCGGGGCGAGGGCGGGCGGCGCCAGAAGCAAGUAACAGCAGCAGCAGCCCCGCCGCUGUAGGCAGAGCCGCCCGGCAGCCGCCCGCCGCAGCCCCCUGCGCUCCCCCGGCCGGGGCAGGAGUCCCAUGUCCCGCAAAGCCAGUGACAAUGUGGAGUACACGCUGCGGAGCCUGAGCAACCUGAUGGGCGAGAAGCGGCGGCGGCAGGCGGACGGGUCCGCCGGCUCGAGCGUGGCGGCGGCGGCGGGCGAGCGGAGCCUUAUCGCCGCCGAGUCGUGCUCCAGCCUCAACAGCGCGGCGUCGGGCGGAGACCUGGAGCGGGCGGCGCGGCGGCAGUUCCAGCAGGACGAGACCCCCGGCUUCGUCUACGUGGUGUCGGUCUUCUCCGCCCUGGGGGGCUUCCUCUUCGGCUACGACACCGGUGUGGUGUCGGGGGCCCUGCUCCUCCUGAAGAGGGAGCUCAACCUGGACGCGCUCUGGCAGGAGCUGCUCGUCUCCAGCACGGUGGGCGCCGCCGCCCUGUCCGCCCUGGCCGGCGGCGUCCUGAACGGGCUGUGCGGUCGGCGGCCCUGCAUCCUGCUGGCCAGCGGCCUCUUCAUAGCGGGGGCCGGCGUGCUGGCGGCCGCCCGCGACAAGGAGACCCUUCUGGGGGGACGCGUGGUGGUGGGGCUGGGCAUCGGUGUAGCAUCUAUGACUGUGCCAGUGUACAUCGCAGAAGUUGCUCCGCCACACUUAAGAGGCAGAUUAGUCACCAUUAACACUCUAUUCAUCACUGGAGGGCAGUUUUUUGCAAGUGUCGUUGAUGGAAUCUUCAGCUACCUCGCGAAGGAUGGAUGGAGGUACAUGCUGGGACUCUCAGCUGUUCCAGCAGUUAUACAGUUCUUUGGAUUCCUGUUUCUUCCUGAAAGUCCUCGCUGGCUCAUUCAGAAAGGCCAGACUCAGAGAGCACGGAGAAUCCUGUCUCAAAUGCGUGGCAACCAGGCAAUUGAUGAAGAAUAUGACAGUAUCAAAAACAGCAUUGAAGAAGAAGAAAAAGAAGUUGGAGCAGCUGGACCUGUGAUCUGCAGAAUGCUAACAUACCCUCCAACUCGAAGAGCCUUAAUUGUGGGUUGUGGUCUGCAGAUGUUUCAACAACUGUCAGGGAUUAACACCAUCAUGUACUACAGUGCUACCAUUUUGCAGAUGUCAGGAGUUGAAGACGAUAGGCUUGCAAUCUGGCUGGCUGCACUGACAGCGUUUAUAAACUUCAUUUUUACUCUAGUGGGAGUCUGGCUCGUUGAAAGAAUGGGUCGCCGGAAACUUACACUUGGUAGUUUAGCAGGUACUGCUGUAGCAAUCCUUAUCCUAGCUUCGGGAUUUUUGCUAUCAGCUCAGGUCUCGCCAAGGAUCACACUUAAUCCAUCAGAUCCUUCACAUCAAAACUCUACCUGCACAAAAUACAGUUAUUGCAAUGGAUGUAUGUUAGAUCCACACUGUGGUCUCUGCUACAAAUUGAAUAAAUCAAGUGUUGUUGAGUCCUCAUGUGUUCCUGUUGAUAAAGAUUCUACAACGAAAGCGGCUUGGGGCAGGUGUUCAAAUGAAACAGCAUUCAAAAAGGAAGAUUUGUUUUGGGCAUACAAUUUCUGCCCCACUCCAUACUCUUGGACAGCACUUCUGGGCCUUAUUUUGUACUUGGUUUUCUUUGCACCUGGGAUGGGUCCUAUGCCCUGGACUGUCAAUUCUGAAAUUUACCCACUUUGGGCUAGGAGUACAGGAAAUGCGUGUUCCUCUGGAGUCAACUGGGUUUUCAAUGUGCUCGUGUCACUGACGUUUCUGCAUACAGCUGAAUACCUGACAUACUAUGGAGCCUUCUUCCUCUACGCAGGGUUUGCUGCCUUGGGACUGGUUUUCAUCUAUGGCUGCCUUCCUGAGACUAAAGGGAAAAAACUAGAGGAAAUUGAGUCUUUGUUUGAAAACAGGCUAUGUACAUGUGGCAGUGCUGGGGGUUUUUAGCAGCAGAAGACCAUCUCUCUCUGCCAGCCCUGCUUCACAGAUGCGCUCAGAAGUGGCACUCGGUUGUGUACAGCACUGGGCUCAUUUUCUCACACGAGUUCAGUCUUACUGAAAGCAGUUUUCUGAAGGUUUGCAUCCCCUCCCCUUUUCCUCAAGGCAAAAUGAUUGAAACUCGUGCAUUUUAUUCAUCAUUGCUAUUGGCUAUGAGGGUGCAAAAUAAAUUAGGUUCUUGAUUGUCGCUCCCCCUUUCCCGCCUGCAGAGUUGGGUUUAAGUUUUCCUUUUAGGGUUGCUUUACCCCAAGACAACAUUCCAUACCUUAGAAACGCUGAACCUAGUACGGAAGCAUCAUGUGUAAUACAAAUGAGAUCAAAUACUUCAAAUCAGUCUUAGCAAUUAGGGUUUUAUUUUUAGAAUCUGUGAAAAUUUAUAGUGUAUCAAGAAAAUUAAAUGUUUCUAUUUUGCAGAGAUUUUUAUAUUUGUGCAUAUUUUAAGUUUUAAGAGAUUUUUGCUAAAGGUAGACUUAGUAACAUUCCAGAUAAAAGAAUAAAACUACAGUGUAGCUGAAUAAUUUCUUAUGACAGGAUUUUAAUUUCUGAAGUAAAUUGUGUGUCUAAGCACAAUACCAUUUUAUUGAAAGCUUUCUGCAGAAGAUGCGCACUCGUUUCUUCACAGGGACUGCACACUUAAUUCAGGUAUUCUCUGCAUCAGGAGUGCUGGAGUAAUGCUGGCAGAGUUGGACAUAUUUAUACACAACACUGAGGUAUUUCAGUUCUGCUUGAUCUACCGACUCUUCACGUUGUGAUCUAAAGGCAAGGAUAAAGGAAACAAGUCCUGAGGCAUUUUUAAUCUUUUAAAAUAUAUUUCACAUUAAUUCAUAUAUAGUAGUUUGCUCACCAUGUUGAAAUUCAAAGUGUUGGGGAGACGUUGAGAUAAUUUGCCACUUCUUUCUUCCCUAUGUCACUUUGCUGAUCAAAGUCAUCUUCUAACAAGAGAAACAAACCUGUUUGCAAAAUAGACAUAGAAACAAAGCAAGGGCCAGGACUCGUUUGGAGAGCUGAACUGCAUUGCUAUGUAUGCACCUUAGACAGAUGGUAGAUGUUGCUGCCUUGCGAGUUGCAGUGACAGCCCCGUCAGAAAUUUUGGGACUAGAGCAGAUACAUCCUGCGAAUCGUCAUUCUGACUUAUUUUGGCAUGAAUUGGUAAAUUUAACAUUUCACUGGUGCAGGAGUUAGGGUUGGGAGGCAGGAAGAGAGAAAUGACAUGUUAAAACCCCCACAGAGUCAUGUUUCAGUAGAGAUCGGUGUCAUAGCUGAGAGGAGCAGUCGCUAGCUUGUCUCCCAUGUGGGAGAAGGAUGGUGGGAACAAGGGACUGUCCUUGGUCCUGUGGGUGAGCGAAGGAGAACUGACAGACUAAUGGGGGAGAAGCACACAAGUGCUACACAGAGGUGAGAAUGUGGCAAUGGAGUUUGCAAAGCUAGUGCUUGUUACCUAGGUGAAAUUUUUGCCUUUCUUAGUCGCUUGUGUUGAGCACUGUUUAGGCUGCUAGGGGCUGCUACAGGCUCUGAGCAAGGGUCUUUCCUUCACCCAUGAGGGUGUUGGGCGCAAUCCCACAGGUACACAGUAGGCUAGUAGAAGAUGGACCCUGUAUUUGUCAGCUUUAUACCCAGAUUUCUGCUUAACAUCAAUUCUCUUCUAACAUGGACUUCUUGACAUUUUACUUGUACUUAUGUAAAAGGGUUUGUUACCUGAGAGAGAGAGAAAAGGAGAAAGAGGCAGAGUCUUCACAGUACAGAGAUCUCGGGGUAGAAAUCAAGGCAGAAGAGGCAGUUCUGCAAAGCACUUUAAAGAGUAAGAUGUUUGUGCACUUUUUUUCUGAGAGACUCAAGCUAACCAAACCCAUUCCUCUGCGUUGGGUAGAAAACCGAGCUUUGUGUACCAGGCCAGAAGCAGAUAAUGCCACAAUAUGUGCUUUAUGGCAAAAUGUGUUUUUAUUGCGGGUACCAUUUACAGCUUACAUGUAGCUGCUGCCUAUGAAGUGACUCAGUCAUUCUCUGGAUUUUAAUGAGUCACAUUUUUGUGCAAAAAUCUUAGUGGUUUUCUAUGGAUCUCCAUCACCUUGUGUACAGUACAGUUAAGCAUAAUCCACAGAGUGGUCUAGGUUGUGGCAGUGUUACAAAUGUCAGCACAGUAAAAUCUAGGUGAACAUUGUUAAAGAAAUAUUGUUGUUUGUGAUACUGGGGGUUAAAACUCCUUAAAGGCAACUAUAUAUAGAUUUUAAAAGUCUGAAAAAAUGGCAGUUCUUAUCUAUUUUGUGUAUGUUUUCAUAUAGAGGAGGAGUUUUUUAUGUGCCAAUAACCAUCACUGUAGUGUUUUGUAAAUGGGUGUUAAUAGUGUUCCAGAGUUCUGUAUAUGAGAAUAUACUCUAGCCACAAUACCUGUUAGUGUGAACCAGCAGCAUGUUUUAAACCUUCCUCACACCUCUUCACCAGAGGUGCUCACUCGUCAGCUUCAGUAGAGCUCACUCACACCAUGGGAAGUUCGACCACCAUCAGGCCUCGAGAAUACAGAUUUCAUCUAAAUCCCCACUUUUUCGCAUUGUCCUUCGAUGGUUUGUUAUAUGUGAAUGAUCUGGCAUGUGUAAUUAUAAAGCUUGAACUCCAGUUGUAGUCCUCUCUUCUGUUGAAAUACAGUUUGUCAGAAUUUGGUUUGGCUUUCCAUCGCGUUUCUGUCAGUAUGGGGCACACUGGUUAAUCAGGAAUACUGUCCACCUAUUUCUAAAGGAAACAUUCAUUUCUGAGAUGUUAAAAUAAAGGCAAUUGUCUCUCGCUGCCUUAAACAUUACACAGACUUUAGAGAGGACUGAAUGUAUGACCAUCAUCAUGACUUCUGCAGGAGAAACUUCCUGGCUCCUCAGCAGCUGUGAUACGAGUCAGUUUUGUGGUGCUGGGAUGCUGCAUUAUACCACAGGCCCUGCCUCGGGCAUGCCUGCCAGCUGUUCGGUUUUAAGUGUUCAAGUAGUCCCCAUGAAAUCUAUAAGAUUAUUCAUAUGCUUGAUGCUUUCCAUGCAUUCAAUGUCCUGCUGGUCCAGGGCAUCACUGGGAAGUGGCACAAGUCACAUCUCUGCUUUCCAUCAUGAAUCUCACACCCCUACAAAACCACCAAUCAGUUUUAGUCUAUGUAGAAUAUUUUAGACAUUAUUAGAGACCAAAUGGAUAGUAAUAAUGCCAUGUUGAAUAAGAACAUGCACAUAGUGCCAUCAGGCAUACUGUAAUCCCUGGGUGCGUGCUACAGUAUUCAGUACAAAACAGGUUUUGCUAAACUAAUUGCUGGGCUGUCCAAGUUACUUCUUAACCAUGCCAAACAUGUGCCAUUUCCUUUUGCAACCAGUCAAGCCUACAAUGUAUGAAAGUGGUGUACAUUUUCUGGACCUUAAGUGAUGUAAUAUUAUUCAAUUGACUUCUGAUUGCUUUAAUGAAGUUUGGUCUUUACAUGAAAAUAAAUAUCUUCAAAGAAUUGUCAGUGCCAGAAGUGUAAAUGAACAAAAUAAAAGGUGAGAUACUUAAUAACAGAA